GCGUCCCAUUUUCUUUCCAUCAUCAUCGUUGCAUUCUUUCUUUUCUGGACCGAGAGAACUGGAGCAGAGGGCGCGCAGGGGAGGUGAGCACGGAAAUUCUCAGAGCUCAAAUCUUAAGUUUUAAUGAUCCAAAAAUCUCGUAAGUAAUGUCUAAUUCAUCCAUACAUCGUGAUUUAUCGAUUUAGAGCUUUAAAACGAGUUUUUGGUUCAGGAAUUUCUUGAAUUCCCGAUAAGCCAAAUUAGGGUUUCGGAGUAUCCGGAAGCCGGAUUGAGCCCAAAUUUCAUAUACGAGCUUCUUGCAGCGAGGUAAUCAAUCCUCUAGUUCUAAUCCCUGAAUUUCGGCUAUUAUUUAGGCCGGGGUCCAAACCGCUGAAUUUAGAUCCGGCCAGGGUUUGAUGUGUUUUUAUCAAGAAUUUGACCCGGCGCCGAGAACUAAUAUUGACGGGGAUACUGUAGGGGAUAUUAGGACGGUCUCGGAUUUUAAUUCAGGGUUCGUUCGUGAAAUUGACGUUUUAGUACGGGAAGGUUAAACCGGUGUUUGAACGACCAGAACUGGUGAGGGAUUAGCACGGCAUACCGGGUUUGUCGUAUCACGAUAAUUAUAUUGAUGCUUAGAAUUGAUCUAGGUGAACUAGAAUGGCAUGAUUAGGGGUGUAUGAGCUUUUGUGCUAUUUGUUGAACCCUGGAUUGCUGUAUGAUAUUAUUGACUUGCCCUAAUCGAUAUGAACCUUGUUUAUGCUGAUGAUUGUAUAUAUGUUGCAAAUUGUGGGCUGGACUGUUAAUAUGCUUUAUGAUGGUUCGAGAAGGUGAUUAGGUAUGACUUUUCAUGAUUGUUGUAUUUGGAUGCACAAGUGGGAAAAUAUAUAUUCCCUGGUGAUAUUAUGAUGUUUAAGGAGGAUGACUUGCACGAGGGUUUAUCCCGAGGAAGUGCAAUUAUACGACUCCUGAUUUACCUAUGUUGAGCCAAUUGUGGCCUGGUCAAGUACAUGUGCAAGUAACGAAUUAUGAUUAAGCAAGAUGAGAUAGAACCAUGUAUAAGGAUACCAAAUAUGAGUGUUGUGGUCUCACGGUCAACUACAUAGUAAUUAGGGCUCCCUAUGCUAUUACUCUAUUAUGAUAUGUAUGAUAGUCACACCUCUCAUGUGGUGGUGACUGAAGAAUUCUCACGAGAUAUGACCACACCCAGAGUGGUGUCGGGGUAUGACUACACCCAUAGUGGUGUGGGGUAUGUAUGACCACAUCCGACGGGAUGUUGGGGUAUGUAUGACUACAUCCGACGGGAUGUGGGGUAUGUUUCCCGGGAGAGUUAUUAGCAUGGGAGUAGCCAGGCGCCUAUAAGUAAAACAUAAUAAGAUACAUAUGCAUAAGUCAAGGUGGUUGAGUCUUUUGCCUAUUGGGAUGUCGGAGGGCUGAGAUCUGAUCCUAGUGCUUUGGCUUGUUUGCUAGAUGUAUGGUAGUGGUAUGCUAUGUUAUGAACUCACGAUGCUAUGAUUAUCUCACUCAGCUAUGAGCUGACCCUCUUUUAUUCUUCUUCUCUACUUAUGCUAUGUGUAAGCAGAUCAUCAGCAGCAGUAGAUAGGUGUAUAGGUGGGAGUUGAGCAAGAGUUGAAGGCAAGAUGAGGUAUGGUCUUCAACCAUUCUGUGCUUGGACUACUACUCGGGAUUUUGGCCAGUGAUCCACACCUUUUUGUAAAAAUGUUGAGGACGUUUUUCAUGUGCAUACUAGCUUCUGAUCUAGUGUGAGAUAUCCACAGGUGUGGAAAGUUGAUGAUAUGUGUAUAUGUUGUGUAACUGUGUAAGUUGUGACGAUUAUGGUAUGUAUAAGUAUAGUAUGCAGUUGUGUAGUAUGAAACUGUGACUAUGGCUAUGAAAAGUCAAUGCAUAUGGUUGUGAGUAUAUGUGUUUGUCUAUGAAUGCAUGGAUUCAGAUGAAUUAUUUUGCAGGAUCAUAUGGAAGAACUGUUAGCCCAUUACGCGAGUAAUUCAUGUCGAAAUUUUAUUUAGGUAAAAUUUGAUAAUUAAUGUAACACCCGAGAUUAAUUCCGCUACAAUUGUAUGAACAAUAUGAUUAGGCAAAACGUAUAGGGUAGGGUGUUACAGGCUGCCCCGUCAAGGGCUCAUCAACCUUCACCUUUUUCUCGACUAGUAACGCCCCACCCUAGUUAUUUUUUAGCUUAGCUAAGGCUUGGAUGAACUUGGCGUUCAACCUUCCAAAAACUUAGUCGAGUUCCAUGAUUGAGAGUUCAAAUCUUGACACAACUCUGGUACGGAUGCCUACAAUACAUGGAAGAAAAAAAGAGACCACACUGUUUCGUCCACCCAGAGACCACAAUGCUUCUCUGUAGGAGCCACUUCAAGGGUUCAUCGAUAAAGGUGAGGGGACAAUAAAGAAGGAAUGAACAAAGUGAGAGAGAAACAAAAAUCAGCAUGCAUCCACAUUCGGUGCGAUUCCCAUCGCAAACAACCCUCCGUCAGAGAGAGUCGCCGAAAGCCAUAAAAAAACGUGCCUAAAUCAGAUUUGCCCACUCACAAGGAAAGAAAGGAAGGCAAGCAAGCACACACCAGGGGAGCAGCCAAUCAGAGGCCAAUGAACAGAGAAACUGAGUCCAAAUGAACAGUCAUUUGUGUCCGUGUGUACCAGGCUAUGAGGAGUAAAUGCCCAGAGAUAUCUAAUAGAUUGAAUGGUGAAAACCAUUGAAUUAAAUGCAUCAUUUUAUUAAAGAUUAGCGAGUAACUGUGGGAUGAGCAAAAGUUGAUGUGGCAUAAUCUUUGUCCAAAACAACCAUAAUAUAAGUUAAGAUGCAAUGGAUAAUAGUUUGUGAAGUAAUGGAUAUUGUGUCUUCCAUCAAAACUAAAAACACUAUCAAGUCCUAACACAUAAGGCUUGUAACCUUAGUUAGGGCUGCCCGUCGAGGGCCCAUAGGUCGAAGCCACAUGAAACCAUAAUAGUAAGAGAGUGAGUGUCUUCCAGACCCUGAUGUCACUACCGGAGGAUUCAUCUUUUCGGGUUUAUGAUUUAGUGAUUAGGGUUUAGUGAUUAUGAUUUAGGAUUUAGUUUUUAUGGUUUAGUGAUGAGGGUUUAUUUUUUAUGGUUACGGGUUUAGUUAUUAGUCUUGUGGUCAUGUAUUAAACUGGGUGGUGUUUGUAUUGGUUUUGCAAUGAAUGGAUAUUAGUUUAGGUGGUUCGGUUAUUAGUUUUGGUUUGAAUUGAUAUUAGUUCAUUUUUUUGGAUAUUUGUCUGGAACGUUUGGAUAUUUGUUUUCUCAUUAACUGAUAUUAGUUUGUUGAUAUUAGUUUAUUUGUCAAUUUAAUUACUUUUGUCAUUAUUCCCAUGUGACCCUUAUUUGUCAUUAUUCUAAUGGGGCACUUUUGGUAACUAUUCGUAUGUGAUCCGUUGUUUAUUUAAGCAUCUAGCAUCACACACUUAGUCAACCAUAUUACACCAAUUUACGGUUUAGCGAUUAAGAUUUACGGUUAAGGAUUUAGUGUUUAGUGAUUAGAGUUUAGAGUUUAUGUGUAGCUGGUAUUAGUCUGCGAUGGUCAUAUAUUAAUCUGCGUAAGGUGGGUAUUAGUAUGUGAUGGCCAGAUAUUAAUAUGUGUGCGGUGGGUAUUAGUCUGCUACGGUCAGAUAAUAGUCUGGGUUGUUUAUAUAUUUGUUUUGUGUGGAUGUUUAUCUACUUAUUUGUAUAUGAUUAUAUCCAUUUAAGGUUUAGUGUUAGGGUUUAGACUUUAGAGUUUAGAAUUAGGGUUUACGGUUUGGGUUUUGAUUUAGGGUUUAGAAGACGAUAUUGUGGAAAUUUUUAUGAAUACAAUGUAGGGUGGUUCGAUAUUUGUUUGUGGAGAUAAGAUAUUAUUAUGUGGUGGGAGGUUAUUAGUUUGCGAUGUGGGGAUAUUUGUAUGUAUUGUUGAUAGAUUAUUGAUUACACAUGUUUUUACCCCUAUUCUUGAGCCGUUUGAGAUGUUGAGUCUCGUGUUUUAAGCCGAUUUCACACUAGGUUGUGCGUUUAUGUCAUAUUUCAGGGCUUAGCGUUGGCAUCGAGGCGAAGAAACGAGUUUCAAGUCGAAAGGAGCACGUUUGGGGUGAAGUGUGCUGGAAGAGCAAAUACCCGGCCAUGUGCAGAAAUACCCGGCCGGGUAUUAUUUGGAGAUGACCGGGGAUUUGACGCUUCGGGCGUCUUUGAGAAGCAGAAGGGGGCACGGGUAGGAAGUAGAAAUCCCCGGUCGGGGAUUCUUGGCCAUGACCGGGGACUUUCCCCUGUCACCCGACGGUGCGUUUCGAACAUACCCGGUCGCCACCCAAAAUACCCGACCGGGUAUUCAGGCCGGGGAUCGCGACAGACAGCUUCUUAAGGGAAAAGAAGGCCAAAAGUCUAGGUUUUUUCGGAGUUUUAGAGAAAGAAAGCGAUUCCUAGAGAGAGAGAGAGAGAGAGAGAGAGAGAGAGAGAGAGAGAGAGAGAGACAAACCAGAGUUCCCAAGUGCCCUAGCUUGGUCUUCAUCACCAUUGGAGCUCGGCUCACACUUGGAGAAGUGCCGAUUGACGACCAGGAGCAGAAAUCCAUCCUUCACAGUAUGAUUUCUGCAUCUGAGCUUGCUUUUGCUUCACUCUCCAUGGAGUAACUUCCUCAUUCAUUGGGUAUGGAGAACCCUAGAUUUGUAUGUUAGGUCUGAUUGUAUGAACCCAAGUACAGAUUCUAUGAUUUGAUUAUAUUCAAUUGAGGUUUGAUUUAUUGAAUGGCAUGAAUCAUGAUCAAAUUCCUGUUGUUUCUGCUUUAACCUAGAAAGAGAAUAUUUGCCUAGGUUGAUAGAGCACCCUUAAUUGAAGGUAAUGAAUUGGCGACUUUAGUCGAGGAGCCAAUUCACCAUUCUGUACCAAAUUUACUACGGUAGUGGAGGUUUGGUUCGUUAGGGCCUCAAUCUGUUUACUCCGGUGGAGGUUAGUCGCCCGCUGGGGACUCAGAUUGAGAGGGUCUGGAGACCUUUAGUCGAGACUUCAGACUGCUUAAGAACCUCCCGUAGUAUAACUAUCAUUAAAACUGAACUUGGUGAAUUGCAAUCCGGCUUAACUGCAGUCUAGGGGGAACCAUAUCCGGGUGACCUCUCUCGACUUGAAAACAACCUUCUUUCUUGCUUUGCUUGUUUGAACAUGCACUAAAGUUUCACCGCUAAAUAAUAAGAAUUCACUGAGUAGUCAUCACAUCUAGGACCCGGGUUGACAUUAAAACCCAAACCUGCUAUACUACGCUUUAGGAAGUGGUUACACUUGGCCGUUUUCUAGAGUGAUAGUAGGAGUGAGUCAAGUUUUUGGCGCAGUUGCCGGGGACGGCUAGGUUGUUGAAGAAACGUGAAUUCUGUUAAUUUAGCUUUUCGUUUUAGGAUUGUUUGCUUUGUCACACUUGUGCCUUCACGGGUUUGCUUGCUUGACUGUGUGCAGGUAGUGCAUGACCCGUAGCCAGUCGGGAGGUUUACUGCAGUUGGAUCCGGAGCUUGAACGCACCUGUCGCCAACUUAGGAGACAACACCAAGCUAGACUGGCUACGGAGGAGCGCAUAGACGGCCACUUGAGCAGCGAUUCUGAGGAAGAGUACGAGAUGGAAGGCGAACACAACCCACACCAGGGGAAUCCUCUCCAGAUUCCCCUGGUGAAUCAGAUCUUGGGGAACAACCCCAUACCCCAGGCAGAUGGGGUUCAUCAUCAUCCACCACCGCCGGGUCCCACCUUGGAGUACUACUACACUCCACGGGUUGCUGAUAUCCGCCCUGUCAUCCUCUAUCCGCCCAUUCUAGCGAACAACUUCGAGAUCAAGCCAUGCUGGAUUCAACUCAUUACAUCAUCUGUCCAGUUUCAUGGCUUGAAGGAUGAGGAGGCAAGGGUGCCCCAGUCCCGUUUCCUGCAGCUGACGAACGGGUUCAAGCUGAACGGUGUCCCUGAUGAUGCAAUCCGCCUUCACCUCUUCCCCCAUUCUCUGGCGGGGCAUGCUAAGAGGUGGUUGGAGACCCAGCCCCCACUGUCCAUCACUUCGUGGGACGAUCUGGCCGACAAGUUCGUACACAGGUACUAUCCGGCAUCAAAGACCACAGAGAUCCAGCGGGAGAUCACUCACUUCUGCCAGGAGCCAGACGAGUCACUUCGUGAUGCAUGGGAGCGGUACAUGGGAUUUUUCUGGCAGUGUCCCCAUUAUGGCUUCAGUGAUGCAUUCACAGUGGGGAACUUCUACAGUGCUCUCUCUCCGGAAAGCUAGAGGGUGAUUGAGUCUCUAUGCAUAGGAGGGGACAUUCUUACUAAGACUCCACCCGAACUGAACCAGAUGAUCAGUACAUUGGUUGCCAGAGAUCAUUCCUGGGGGCAGAGCAGCAGAGGCAGGAAUUCCCGGGACCGUGGUGUGCAUGCCAUGGAGGCCAGGUCCGGGCUCGAGCAGCAGGUGGCUGAGUUAGUGCAGACAUUGAAGCAACCCAACAACCUUAUUCCGGGCAGAGGUUUGGCUACACCUCCAGUAGCUCAAUGUCAGUGGUGUGAGAGCUCAAAUCAUCUGGUGGAAGACUUCCCGGCUAUGCGGGAGUCCUUUACUCCCCAAGAGUAGUUGGACUUCAUCGUUGCUCGGCGUCUUGACCCAUACAGCAAUACAUACAAUGAGGGGUG